UCUAUGGACUUUGGUCUGUGAGCUAAAAUCUCUGAUUUUCUCUAUGGACUUUGGUCUGUGAGCUAAAAUCUCUGAUUUUCUCUAUGGACUUUGGUCUGUGAGCUAAAAUCACUGAUUUUCUCUUUGGACUUUGGUCGUUGAGCUGAAAUCACCAAGGACCUUGUCGUCUCUUUUCACUGGCCUGUGCUUCCAUUCCUUCUGUUAUUGUCACAUUGUACUGAUCCCACCUUUUCUGUAAAAAAGCCACGCCCCCUUCAGCAGCCUCAGUUGCAGGGCCGUGGAUAAAAACCGUCUGUUCAGACCAACAGUUCCUGCUCCUCCUCUUCCUCUGUUUGUGUCUGUGGUUCCUGCUGCUUCACACACUUUUGUCUUCACUCACAAACAUUUGCAUGAACGUUGGAAACUGCUCACGCUCUUUUGGGAAUGGUCCAGAUCCUGUUGCUGCUGUUUUUGUCUGGGACAAAUAAAAACUGGUUUUUCUCAGGCGUGGUCUGUGUUUUUAUUCAAGUAAGCUGUGUGUGUGUGUGUGUGUGUGUGUGUGUGUCUUUCUUUUCCAUCUUGAUUUGAAUAACGUGUCCUCUUGUCUUCAUGUGGACCAUUUUUACGUGACAAUAAAAGCUCUGAACAUGAACCAACACAUGGCUGUGGUUCACAGCUGAAGAACAUGUGACUCCUUAGCCUUCUUUUUAUUACUUUUAUUGUUUCUAUUUUUUGUUAUGUUUUUUAUACCAAUUUUCAAUGUUAAAAUUUGUUUUACUGGUCUUUUUUGUUUAACCCUUAUUAUCCCUCCAGAUCCUUGAAAGUCCAGUUCUUGGUUUUUGGGAGUCAGCCAAUGAGGACUUAUACUCUCUCUCUCUCUCUCUCUCUCUCUCUCCCGCCCUCUCUCAUUCACACACACAUACACACACUUGGAGUGAAGAGUGUUUGAAAUGAAGCUCAGACCCAGCAGCAGAUCACACACCGACUCACAGGAACAACAACAAUCAGUGGUUUUUUUCUGUUUUGUUUUUUUUUUUUUUUUCAUCUCCAUUUCUGUUUCACCUGAGAGUUAGUCUUUCCUCCUGAAGAUUGGUGCGGUUCUUGGUGAUGACCUCGUUGCUGUUCUCUGGCCACGCCCCCUGUGCUGUAAUGAAGGACCUCAGCUCCUCUUCCUGCUCCUCUACCUCCUCAUCUUCUUUCUCUUCAUUGCUCCACUUCUCCUCCUCCAAAUCUUCCUUGGUACCGUUUUCCCCGUCCACAGGCUCCUCCUCCUCCCCAUCAUCAGUACCAGCACCUCCACCACUCUCCAAACCCCAGAGUUUCUGUCUCCAGACCGGGCCUCACCUCAUAGCCAGCAUGCAGCUGCAGAAGCUCAACUCACACUACCAGAACCUGACCGGGUCUCCUGCUGGACAUACAGCGCCACCUGGAGGUCCACGGAGCUUCACUGUCUCACCUCUGGUGCCAGUGAACCAGACCCUGGUCCAUAGUGGAGGUCUCAGCGGAGCUGGGAUGGGAGUGGGGCUCCAACACCAGGGUUCUGGUUCAGGAGGUCUCAUAGACUUUGAUCCUGUGGACGAGGAGGUUCUGAUGUCCCUUGUUGUGGAACUGGGUCUGGAUCGAGCCAAUGAGCUUCCAGAACUGUGGCUGGGUCAGAACGAGUUUGAUUUCAUGACCGAUGUUCCUGCUGGAUGCUGAGCUUGGAAAUUCUUCAACAGGAGUUUUCUACUUUUUCCUACUUUUCUGGGAUGAUGCAACAUGGAACCGAUUAAAUGAAAAGAAUGGAACUGUUUUACUUUCAUGCUGAAAACAUUUACAGGAGGAACGGAGAACUGUUCUUCAAAAAUCUAAAAGUCUUCGUAGAAAAUAAUCAGCAGAAAGAUAUUCCCUCCACUAGGUCCUUCUUUGUUCCUCUUAUUCUGGGCUAAUAGAACUGAGGACAGGUUCUGGUACUGUUUCAGUUCACAAUCCAGGAUUGAUUGAAUCAUUGAAAGGAACAAGUUCCAUGGACUGGUCCUGGAAGCGCUCAAAUUUUAAGGGCACAAAAUAGAACCAGAAAAAGUACCAAUACCAGGAAGUAUCUGGGUUUUCUUUUUUUACAGUCAAAACAAGUAUCAGGAACCAAGAGAGUAAAAUCAAGAACAAACUAAAUUAGAGAAAGUACCAGGAACUGUUAGCAUCACAAACAAAAAUCUCGGAAAAUGUGCACUUCCUGCUCAUAACAGGAAUUAAGAAUAAAUGUAAAAGCAGUUCCUGUUCCUGGGGGAGGACUAUGGUAGAGUUCAGUAAAUAGGUGGGUGGAGCUUACAGCACACAGCUUUCUGAUUGGCCCACAAACAGCUUUUUUUAAUAGAACUGUUGUCUGUGAAUGAUUGACUUCUGGGUGAGGGGGCCUCCAUGAUCUUCUAGUACUUGUGGGACUGUUUGUUUUCACCUAGGAACCAAAAACGAUGGAACUGUUUUCAGCCAGCAGAAGAACUGAUUUGUGUGAAUUGGACUUCAACCUCAUUGGAAACACAAGCAGACAGUAGAGACAAGAACUGUUCCGUUCCUGGCACUGUGGUUCUUGGUGGUGGCGGCGGCGCCUCCUGCUGACUUUUUUCUUUUCCUCUUCAGUUCUCUUCAGAAAGAGAACCUCUUUGUGUCCGUCUUCAGUUGGUGGACAGAAUCGGAGCUCAGUCUCA